GUGUGUUGUGACGUCAGAAAGGGGCCCCUUACAUAAUGAUCACUGCGCCGGGUGGGGCGCGCAGAAGGUUCUGGUAGUCGGAGCGGUUGGUGGGAAAGUUAUAGGUGACGCGCGUGUAGAGGUUGUGGUCGCUGGGGUUAUUGUUUUGCCAUGGCCCGUGGGAACCAGCGUGAACUUGCCCGCCAGAAAAACAUGAAGAAAUCUCAAGAACAGAGCAAGGGGAAGAGAAAAGAGGAUACUUUGUCUGCUUCUCAGAGAAAACAGAGAGACUCUGAAAUUAUGCAACAAAAGCAGAAAGCAGCUAAUGAGAAGAAAUCUCUUCAGACAGGAGCAAAAUAAUCUGUGGCUACACAAAGGACCUAAUAAUGCUGCAGUGCAACUCAAAAUAUAGGGCCUAAAAAAAGACAUAUUUGUAAAAGUAGCCAGCCAUUAAAAGGUUUAAUGUUUAUCUUCUACUUGCUCACUUGUCCAGUAUGCAUUUAUUUAGAGCGUCUGGUUAGUAUAGUGCAGUUGCAGCUGACUUGGCUUUAAUUGAAUUACUAUAGUCUGUUCCCAUAAAAUUGGAUUCUAAGUUCUUAAUUCCCUUUGCAUGUCUAUUUAGUAAUGGUAGCAUUAGCUUGACUGCAGUUUUCAUUGUUAAAAUGUUUGCUCAGUAAAUGGCUUGUAUAACUGUACCAGUUCUCAAAUAUGCAGGUAGACUGGGAAACCUAUAUGGUAAAUUUUAACAAAAUUCAAAUAACUGCUUUAAAAGCCCAGUUCUCUGUACUUGCUUUCCACUUUGUAAAGGUCAGCUGUAAAGUUAAGCAUAAAUUAUUUUUACAAUAAAAUCUUGCAUGAA